AUGAGGGCCGAGUCAGCUCUACCAAGCGAUGGCGGUCCUACACCAAGAGCCUCGGGACAAAGUAUAGGAGAUUCAUCUCCUAUUCGUUAUGCGUCCAGCUCUAGCGGUGCUCCCUUGACAGCAGGCAACAGAGCCGAUCAACUCCGUAGCGAUAGCAGCGGCCUUUUUGUGCGCUCCCCCUACUCUGGAGGUCCCGUAGGCGCAGCUAACAGACGCCACGACAUCGAGUCAGAAAUUCUCUCUGGAAGCGGCCGAAGGAGACUUUUCGUCGACGAGAAUGGCAGACCUACACGCAACGAAAUAUCGCCCUCGGACACCGCCACCUUCUCCAACGUCGACCCUCACACUUCUGAAGCUAACAUUCUCGGAGGCCAAUCGACCAGAACUGUCUGGGGAACCAAUAUCAGUGUUUCGGAUACCUUGAGCACAUGUCAUACCUUCUUCCGCGACUUCCAAAGGAAGUACCGCUUGCGCUAUGAUGGAGAACUCACAGAAACUCAAAAUCUGCCCGCAGAUCAUCCUGGGAACGAAAAGGUCUACUUGAAUGCUUUGGAGAUGAUGCUGGACCUUGGAACAAGUCAACUGAACCUGGACAUGGAGAACCUAAAGGCUUAUCCCUCGACACAAAAGCUGUGGUACCAGAUGCAGAACUUUCCUGCCGAGAUCCUGCCCAUCUUCGACCAAGCCUUGAAGGACACAAUGUACGAGCUUGCUGAGAAGCGCAUGUCGGAAAUGCGUAUCCCUUCCCAGCGUCUCCAGUCCGCUAGAGAUAGCUCUAUGCCAGCCAUGCCUUCAUCAGAUAUCGACGCCACUACACCACGACCUACGCAAAACGAGAACAUCCCUGAUCUCAUUCAGGAAGUCGAGAGCCGUAUCUUCAGAAUCAGACCUUUCAACAUGGGCAAGACCAUCAACUUGCGCGACCUUAACCCGGGAGACAUGGACAAGAUGGUCAGCGUCAAAGGUCUUGUCAUCAGAACCACCCCUAUCAUCCCGGAUAUGAGAGAAGCUUUCUUCCGCUGCUCUGUCUGUCACCAUACUGUCAAGGUCGAUAUCGAUCGCGGCAAAAUUGCCGAGCCCACUGUUUGUCCCCGCGAGGUCUGCGCUUCUCCCAACUCCAUGCAGAUCGUACACAAUCGCUGUGUCUUUUCCAACAAGCAAGUCAUCAAGUUGCAAGAAACUCCCGAUCGUGUACCCGAUGGUCAGACUCCUCAUUCAGUUUCCUUGUGUGUCUACGACGAUCUGGUCGACGUCUGCAAAGCAGGUGACAGAGUUGAGAUCACUGGCGUGUUCAAGUGCAAUCAAGUCCGCAUCAACCCUCGUCAACGAUCAGUCAAGAACAUCUUCAAGACUUACAUUGACUGCGUCUUCAUCAAAAAAGUUGACAAGCGUCGCAUGGGCAUCGACAUCUCGACACUCGAGGAAGAGCUGUCGGAGCAGGCUUCGGGUGGCAAGGAAGAAGUCAGAAAGGUCAGCGCAGAAGAAGAGGCCAGGAUCCUCGAGACUGGUGCUCGACCUGAUGUCUACGAUCUUCUGUCUCGAUCCCUGGCUCCCAGCAUCUACGAGAUGGACGACGUGAAGAAGGGUAUUCUCCUUCAGCUUUUCGGAGGCACUAACAAGUCAUUCGAAAAGGGUGGUAGCCCCAAAUACCGUGGCGACAUCAACGUUCUACUGUGCGGUGAUCCUUCGACGGCGAAGUCUCAAAUUCUCUCCUACGUCCACAGAAUUGCCCCUCGUGGUGUUUACACGAGUGGUAAGGGUUCGUCGGCUGUCGGUUUGACUGCCUACGUCACUCGCGACCCAGAGACCAGGACGCUUGUCUUAGAGUCUGGUGCUCUUGUUUUGUCUGAUGGUGGUGUAUGCUGCAUCGAUGAGUUUGACAAGAUGAACGACUCAACACGAUCGGUAUUGCACGAAGUCAUGGAACAGCAGACCGUUUCUAUCGCAAAGGCAGGUAUCAUCACCACCCUAAAUGCAAGAACCAGUAUUCUUGCCUCGGCCAACCCCAUCGGCAGUAAGUACAACCCAAACUUGCCAGUGCCUCAAAACAUCGACCUGCCACCAACGCUGUUGUCGCGUUUCGAUUUGGUCUACCUCGUGCUCGACCGUAUCGACGAGAUGAACGAUCGUCGUAUGGCAAAGCAUCUGGUUGGCAUGUACCUCGACGACGCUCCUGAGAAUGCCAGCGCGAACGAGAUUCUUCCCAUCGAGUUCUUGACAUCCUACAUCUCCUACGCCCGCAACAACAUCCAACCAAAGAUCACCGAAGAGGCAUCACAAGCCCUUGUCAAGGCCUACGUCGACAUGCGUGGUCUCGGCGCCGACGUCCGCGCACAAGACCGUCGCAUCACAGCCACAACCCGUCAAUUAGAAUCCAUGAUCCGUCUUGCCGAAGCACACGCAAAGAUGCAUCUGCGCAGCGAAGUCACAGCCGAUGAUGUCAAUGAAGCCGUGCGUUUGAUCCAGUCAGCACUCAAACAAUCAGCGACAGAUUCCAGGACUGGACUGAUCGACAUGGGCCUGUUGACCGAAGGCACCAGUGCAUCGGAGAGGAAACGCAAGAGCGAUCUCAAGGAUGCGGUGCUCAGUGCUGUGGACGAUAUGCUCAGGAGUGGUAACGCGAGCGUCAGAGUCCAAGAUCUAUUGAGAAGGGUGGGCGAGGACUCGACUGUGCCCGUCGAAUCUGCUGAGUUGGGCGAGGCGUUGCGUGCGCUCGAGGGAGAAGGCAAGCUAUUGAUUACUGGUGAAGGACAAAGACGUACUGUCAGGAGGGUCACUGGUCAUGCUUGA